AUGGCGAAAUUGGCUCAGUUUAUCAAACUUGUAGACGAUUUUGCUCACGAAAUAGACUUUGUAACUGUAUACAUUAAAGAAGCGCAUGCGUCAGAUGGUUGGAAUUUGAUAGGAAACAAUCACGAGAUCAACCAACAUGAGACCAUUGACGACCGGAUAAAAGCGGCUAAGAUUCUUUCUGACUCGGGUUUGAAAAGCCCACUCUUUGUGGACACGAUGGAAAAUGAUGCACAAAAAGCAUACUUUUCGUUGCCGGAAGCUCUGUAUGUUAUUGAAGAGGGUAAAGUUGUGUUCCAAGCAGCUGGACCUUACGCGUAUGAUCCUAGUAAGUUGCGGACCUGGUUAACGGACAAAAGUGGAGAAGUCAACAAAAGCGAAUAG